GGGUCAUUCCUCGGUGUUUCGUCGCCUGUGAAUCGGGGUGGCAGCGGCAGUAGUCCCGUAUGGACGCUAGGCUUUAGGCAGGUAAGUCCGCGGAGAUGAGGCUCCGUUGGCCGGCGCCGUGCUGCUGUCGGCGGCCUCGUACUACGUCUACCUGCCGCUACCGAGCGGCGUGAGCGAGCCGUGGAAGCUCGUGCUGCUGGACGCGCUGUUCCGGAGCUUCAUGCGGGCGAGCGACGUGGCUCACGCGCUGGGUGUGUGCCACAGGGUGCACCUGUUGAACCGGUUGGUGUCCUGGGUGGAGGACGUCGAGGCUCGCUCCUGCUCCGCCGUGCACGUGGCCGACUCCACGCUGGGGGGCGUGCCGGCCCGGGUCUUCCAGCCCAAGGGGGGCAAGCAGCUGAAGAGGGGAGUCAUAUAUUUCCACGGGGGAGGAUGGGCGCUUGGCAGCGGGCGGAUGCGAUCGUACGACCGUCUUUGUCGGAAAAUGGCCGAGGAUCUGGACUCUGUCAUCAUGUCUGUGGAUUACCGUCUCGCUCCAGAGGCCGUGUUCCCGGACCAGUACCAUGAUGCGCUAGCGGCGUCGCGGGCCUUCCUGUCGGCUCAGGUGUUGGAGCGCUACAGCAUCGAUCCGGAGAGGGUGUGUGUGUCUGGGGACAGCUCCGGGGGAAACCUGGCUGCCGCUGUGGCGCAGGAGCUCGGCUCAGACGACAGUCUCACAGUGAAGUUUAAGGUCCAGGCGCUGAUCAACCCGGUGCUGCAGGCGCUCGACUUCUACACGCCGUCCUACCAGCAGAACCAGGCCGUGCCCAUCCUCCACAGGCCCGUCAUGGCGCGUUUCUGGCUGGAGUACCUGGGCGCCGACACGUCCCUGGAGACCCUCCUGCUCGCCAACAACCACAGCUCCCUGGACCAGCCGGCCAUCAGCGGCAGCACCCGCUCCAAGCUGGACUGGACCGCUUUGCUCCCGGCCGAACGCAGGAAGCACUAUCGUCCGGUCGUGAAAGAGACGGGAUCGCCGGGGUUGAUGGGUCAGGUGCCGCAGCUGAUGGACGUGAGGGCGGCACCGCUGCUGGCGGAACAGGGGGUUCUGGGUAGGACGCCUAAAGCCUACGUCAUGACUUGUGAGUUUGACGUGCUGAGGGACGACGGGCUGAUGUACGUCAGACGCCUGCAGAGCGCCGGCGUCGCGGUGACCAACGACCACUACGAGGACGGUUUCCACGCCUGCAUGGUGUUCGCGUACCUGCCGGUGAUGUCUAGCGUUGGCCAGAGGAGCAUGAACAACUACAUCCACUGGCUGGACCAGAAUCUGUAGACGAAACUCAGCGCUCCAGAUCCUCGUCAGCCGGUUGUCCGUGGCACCAAAGAUGUACUGGAGCAGAAAGUCUGGUACGGGAGAGCUCCUUGUUAGAUCUUCAAUGACGAGGAAACACCUCUUUGAUUAUUACAAAUAUGAUCCAUGUUUGAUCUACUGUUGUAAGACACCAGACAGGACAAAAUAUCAGCCGCUUUACCUGCAAACAGAACCAAGAAAUCGAAUUUAAAGGAUCAUGGUAUACUUGCUUUUUACCAACGUGUACGUGCAGACAAGCAGCUGUGAGGUUUCAUUUAUUACCCUCAUAAUGUUUUAAAAACUUUCCUGUGGCAGCAAUAGAGGCAGUGACAUUUCCUUUUUACUGUACGGGACUCUCACACCUCCUUAAAACAGACCAACUGAUCUGAUCGCUGGUUACUGAUUGGCCACCGCAGGGUGAUGUUGGGUUGCGUUUCUCCAAAAGUUGAGUCGCUCUCAAUUUACCGCCCCUGCACUUUGGUUUGGCUCCUCUCUGCAGCCGUCACCGCCGCGGCCUAAACGCACUACCCCAAUACAAAAUGAAUGGGAAGACCUGUGUGUUCGCCCGUCUAUCUGAUGACCGCAUGAGUGUGUGUGAACACAGCCUUAUUGUUCACAUACUCGCUUGUGUACUUAGUGUGUACCUACCUGCAGGAUUCAAAUUUCUAUCCUCUAGGGCAUAGAUCUUCAACAGGGGGUCCAGGACCCCUGUGGGGUCCUCAGAGUCACUGCAGGGGGGCCACCGAAUUGUUGUAGAUUAUUUUAGAUUUAUAAAAUCAUGCCAACAACUAUUAUUUUAACAGCUUGGUAUUCUAUGUAGGUCGCCGACACAUUAUUAAAGGCCCAGUUUAAUAUGCAACUUCAUUUUGUACAAUAUAUGUAUUUGGGGGUCCCUGCUCCGUCUCUCAUUUACUUAAGGGGUCCUUGGUUUAAUAAAGGUUGAAGACCCCUGCUCUAGGGGGCAAAUCAGGGCCAAAUCGUUCCUGACAGACACCAGGAAACCUUUCUUAAGAACGUCUGCCACAAGGUGCCUUCCAACUGGUUUUUAAAAGCAAGUAUAUCAAUUCAGUGCACCCAAACGUCACCGGGUCAAACGGACCACAAAGCAUCUUCACUGAGUCGUGAAACCAACACAUUUCUCAUCAAAGGUAACCACUGAAAGUUACAUUAUGUGGAAGGCCAAGGCAUUUUUUGGUAAAUGAUAGUCUACUUACGGCUCACUAUUUUUUUUUUUAAAGAGAAAUGUAUGUAAUGGCUUUAAUGUGAGGCCCUCAGCUGAAAAUCCCGCCUACACUGAGGGGGUGUUAUCUGAAG